AUCCCCCAGGCAUUUCAGAGAGAGAGAGAGAGAGAGAUGGGGAAAGAGCUGAGCGACGAUCAGGUGGCAUCGAUGAAAGAGGCCUUCUCUCUGUUCGACACGGACGGUGAUGGGCGCAUCGCCCCAUCGGAGCUAGGAAUCUUGAUGCGUUCGUUGGGCGGGAACCCCACCCAGGCCCAGCUGAAGGGAAUCGUGGCCCAGGAAAACCUCACAUCCCCCUUCGACUUCCCUCGAUUCCUUGACCUCAUGAAGAAGCAUCUCAAACCUGAGCCGUUCGAUCGCCAGCUCCGCGACGCUUUUAAGGUCCUCGACAAGGACUCCACCGGCUCCGUCUCCGUCCCCGAUCUCCGCCACGUCCUCACCAGCAUCGGCGAGAAGCUCGAACCCUCGGAGUUCGACGAGUGGAUCCGCGAGGUUGAGGUCGGCCCUGAUGGACGGAUCAGAUACGAGGAUUUCAUCGCGCGGAUGGUCGCCAAGUGAGCUACCCGGUUGGAUGCCCUAAUCCUCCGUAGAUGGUAUGCUUUUUGUUGUUCUUCUUUUCUUUAUUUCCUUUUUUUUUUUUGGGGUAGGGUUUGAUGGAUUUUUGGAUCCGCUGGUUACUGUUGGAUUCAAUGGGGAAUCGCAGUUUGUUAGGGUUUGUGUUCGUGUUUAUAUGUGAAUGGUAUUGUGUUUGGUUUGAAUGGUAUGCGUCUGAUUAUUGAGAAAUUCGUGGAUGCAAUGAAUCAAAUCUUUCGCUUUCUAUA